UAUUUUGUUGUGUUCACGUUGUUGAACGUUAACGUAACCGCAUGAUCUGAGUGAUUUCUACUAAUGUGCUUCUGCACCGUCCGGACGACAUCGUGAAAAACAUCAUGAGUAAGAGGAAGGUGCAAGAUGCUCAUCUGCCAGUGGGAGAAUGCAUCACAGAGGUUCAGAAGAUGUUAAGGGAGCGGCUCUGCCAUCAGCGGCUCCCUGACAAGCCGGAGGGAGUAGAAGCUCAACACAGGCACCUCCUGGAGCUGCUGAAGCGCACGGCCAUCCACGGGGAGAGUAACUCGGUGCUAAUCGUCGGCCCCAGGGGAGCAGGGAAAACGAUGCUGCUCAGGUGUGUGUUGAGAGACCUGCUGGAGGACAAAGAAGCACAGACGAGCCUGCUACAGGUUCAUCUCAACGGUCUCCUGCAGACCGACGACAGAAUAGCACUUAAAGAAAUAACACGGCAGCUCCACCUAGAAAACGUCGUCGGAGAUAAAGUGUUUGGGAGUUUUGCAGAAAAUCUGGGUUUCCUGCUGGAGGCACUAAAGAAAGGUGAUCGCAGCAGCAGCCGCCCGGUGCUCUUCAUCCUGGAUGAGUUCGACUUGUUCGCCCACCACAAGAACCAGACCCUGCUCUACAACCUGCUUGACGUUUCCCAGUCCGCCCAGGCCCCCAUCUGCGUGGUCGGCAUCACCUGCAGACUGGAUGUCCUGGAGCUGCUGGAGAAGCGGGUGAAGUCGCGGUUUUCCCACCGUCAGAUCCACCUGCUGAGCAGCGCCACGCUGGCUCAGUACGUGGAGCGGGUCCAGACCCAGCUCAGCGUGCCGGAUGAUUUCCCCGACACGAAGUUUGCCCAGGAGUGGAACGACAGUAUCAAGGUUUUGUGCGAGGACAAAUCAGUCGAAGAGGUUUUACAGAGACACUACAACUCCAGCAGAGACUACCGUUCAAUGCACAUGUUGCUGAUGUUGUGUCUGAGUCGCGUCUCCGUCGCCAAACCUGCCAUCAAACCUGCCGACCUCCUGGAGGCCAGCAGGCUGUGUUUCGCCGACGCCAAGGCCAAUAUGCUCCAUGGUCUGUCCAUCUUGGAGCUGUGCCUGAUCAUCGCCAUGAAGCACCUGAACGACCUGUACGAGGGAGAGCCGUUCAACCUGCAGAUGAUUCACAACGAGUUUAAGAAGUUCCUGCAGAGGAAGUCAAACUCCAUGUACAACUUUGAGCAGCCGGUCAUCAUGAAGGCCUUCGAGCACUUGCAGCAGCUGGAGUUGAUCCGACCGGUCGACGGCUCCUCGGCCAAAACCCAGAGGGAGUACCAGCUGAUGAGACUCAUGCUGGACCACAGUCAGAUCAUGGACGCUCUGCAGAAGUACCCACAAUGCCCCACCGAGGUCAAGCAGUGGGCCAUGUCAGCGUUCGGUUAGAUGUUUGGAAAAGAAGAUCAUAAAGAAACAAGCUGUUUAUGUUUCUGGGAUUUUUCUGGGAUCAAAUCAAUAUUAAGUUCCGAAGUGAAAAUGAGGACAGCCAGAACCAAGCACUGGAAUUAAAACUGACUGUGUAAUCUACUCAACCAUUACAUUUGUUUCAUAUCAGGAGUUUUCUUAAUGUAUUAAAUGAUAAACUAUCACUAAAUAAAAAGUGUAGUCAUUGAUUUGCAGAUGAGAAAGUAGGUCAAGUGCAUCCGAUUGGCUGGAAGGGUUUAUCUGCUCAAUGCUGCCAUCAAGUGGGGGAAUUCUGUAGCGGGAGGACAAACCCUGAGAAAACAUGGAACAUACUGUACAUAUAUGCAGUAAACAUGUCUAUUAAUAACAGUCAGAGCACCAGGUCUCUUAUAGGAAUAUGUAGAGUUCAACAUGCUUUAGUUUGAAAAGACAAAACAGCCUUAAAUUCAAUUUGCGUAAGUCUCAGUAAUUAGAUUGUAAUUCUGUUUCAUAUGGUAUUAUUUUAAAAGCAAAAUCUUGUAUGAAAGUCAACAAACUGUAAAUUUUUUAAAAUUCUAAUAAAAUAAAUGAUUAAAAGUUGC